AAUGAGCCCAAGCAACCUCAAAGUGAAGCUCAACAAUGGCGUCGAAGUCCCCAUCGUCGCUAGCGGCUCGUAUGCACCUCCGAAUCCUGAAGCUCAAGGUAAGGUCAAGAGCUGGAUCUUGACUGCGCUCCAGAAUGGGUAUCGGCACAUUGACACGGCACAUAUGUACGGAACGGAGAAGGCCGUUGGUGAGGCCGUUCGGGAGUCUGGUAUCCCGCGCGAGGAGAUCUUCAUUACGACGAAGCUACGGUGGAAUGCUGGAGGCAAAGUGAGAGACUCGUUCGAGGAAAGUCUUGUCAACCUAGGCCUCGGGCAUAUCGAUUUGUACCUCCUGCACUGGCCGCAAGCCGUUGUCUAUGAACCAGGAAACCUCGCACCUAGAAACCCAGAUGGGAGGGUGAAGACUACCAAUGAUUUCAACUUCAGUCAAACUUGGGCCGAGAUGGAGAAGCUCUUGGAGACGGGUAAAGUUAGGGCGAUUGGCGUCAGCAAUUUCUCAAUCAAGAGCCUGGAGCAACUCUUCAAGACAGCUAAUGUGACACCCGCAGUCAAUCAAGUCGGGUUGCAUCCAUACCUUGCCAGCAAUGAACUUCGGCACUACUGUGCGAAACGUGGAAUCGCCAUCGCCGCCUACACUCCCAGCGGUUAUGGCACCGUCAGAAGCGACCCCCUCAUUGUAAGCCUCGCAGAGAAGUACAAAGUCACUCCGACACAAGUUAUCUUUGCGUGGCACUUGUCGCGUGGCACGAUAAUCGUUCCAAAGAGCGAGAAUGAUGAGAGGCAGAAGGAGAAUAUCGCGAUCCCAACCGUCUCCGAGGAAGACCUGGGCAAGAUCUGGCACCUUGACCGCGGACAGAGGUUGUGUAACAAGGCGAAUGAGAAGACUGGGCAAGUUUGGGGCUGGACCUACCAGCAACUUGGCUGGGAGGAUUUUCACCCCAAGCUUUG